CCUGAUAGCACACUUCCAACAUGUCAGCUGGAAAUUGUGGGUGGUGGAUAUAUCAUCAUAUGAUAAGAAAAUAAUGACUGAUGAGAGGCUUACUGACCAUCCAAAUCAACAGACGACAUGAAUUCAGACGUAGAAAACCAGAUCAGAUUGAACAACUCAUGGCAAAAACUACCAGCAGCCAUCAAACAAAUUCUUGGUAAUUCACAGAGAGAAUAUGACAAAGCUAUUGUUCAAUUUAGCAUUAAGAAUCAGUUGCGCUAUAAAGGCAAUUUAGUUCGAACAGUGAGGAAGGAUGAGAGGCGAUACUAUGAAGACUUGAUGCAUUACAGUCAGGAGCAUCUGAUGCUGUACCCCUACCACCUGUCUGAUGUCAUUGUCAAGGGGUUAAGGGUCACUCCGUUCACCUACUACAUCAAUAUGAUGUCUGACAUCAUGACUCAGGAGAAGAGCUAUGAUUCUCUGCCAAAUUUCACUGCUGCAGACUGCUUAAGACUUUUAGGAAUUGGUCGUAAUCAGUACAUUGAUUUAAUGAACCAAUGUAGAUCCUCAAAGAAAUUUUUUCGGCGAAAGCCUCCGAAAGACCUCUUACCAGCCCAACCAGUAGAAACAGUGACCUUUGAGCACUGGUGGCUAGUGAAUGUAGGCUACAUCACAGAAGAAGAUGUCAAGAUGUGCUCUGUAUCAGAGAAGAAUGUGAUAGAUUCUAUAAUAGACAGUGAGGAGAGCUGCCAGCUCGCCGGGGAGAUGGACUACAAGAUUAUACAAAGUCUCUAUAGAAAGGGGUUAAUCUACCUUAAUGUUCCUAUAAAGGAUGAUGAUUGUAUAAUAGUGCCGCCUCUGGAGGGAUUCGUUAUGAAUCGUGUCCUUGGUGACUACCUGGAAACUUUGCUGUAUAAGAUAUUUGUCUCAAUUGAUGAACACACAGCGGUAUCGGAGCUUGCCCAUGUUCUGCAGAUUGACUCUGAAUUAGUAAAGAAUGCUAUAUCUAUGUACUGCCGUCUUGGGUUUGCUAAGAAAAAAGGAGCAGAAAAUAUUAAUGCCGAAGAUCUUCAUCCUUCGUGGAUAAACAUUCAGCCAACCAAUAAAAAAAUGACCAAGGACCAGAUAAUUUUAGACUGGAAUGAGACAUCAGAAGAGGCAUUGCUGGAGGCCAACAAAAACCCGGUAUCUCAAGACACAAACAACCAGGCUAACAAGAGUGCUCUGGAGACAGCUAUGGAGGACACAAGUCCUACCAGUGGUGCUACCAGAAGAAUUGCUUUCCUGUUUGACUCAACAUUAACAGCAUUCCUUAUGAUGGGGAAUCUGUCUCCGGGAUUAAAAAGUCAUGCUGUGACUAUGUUUGAAGUUGGAAAGCUUAGUGAUGAAUCAUUAGAUAGCUUCCUAGCUGAACUUGAAAAAGUUGGUUCGGAAGCAGAAGGUGAGGCCAGGCGAUAUUUCGUUCAUGCUCUGACAUUGCGUGACACGGUCCGCUUUCUUCGAUACAACAAAGAGUUAAACAUGGACACUGAGAAUGGUAACGGCCUGGCAGUGGACUUGAUCAGAUGUGAGAGUCUGCUUGGUUUGGACGCUGCAACCAGAGCCAGGGUUCUCAACCGGAAUUACAGUUUACUUGUAUCGAUGGCACCAUUGAGUUAUGAGAUUCGUCCAGUCAGUAGUUGUGUACCCCAACACAUAGGACCAGCCAUUCCAGAGGUAAACUCUGUGUGGUUUAAGUUGUAUACUUAUCAUAUAUCUGGCUGUGGUCCACCAAGUCUUUUACUUGUGAAGGGAACUAAAUUACGUAGACUUCCAAAAAUGUUUUAUGAUUAUGACAGAUUAUUGGUGACAACAUGGGGACAUGAUCCAGGUGUUAUAGCAACAUCAAACAUUCUUCUGACCCUGAAUGAUGCUCUCACACACUCAGCUGUUCUAGUUCAGGCACAUGGGUGGCAGUCUGAAGGAAAAACAGUCACAGUGGCCUUCCCAUUUGAAAAGGAAGUAUCAGGUGAUUUUUCAAGUGGUGCUUACCAGAAACAUAGUGCAAUACAAACAAUUUCUCUAAAGAUUGACUUAAUAAACACUUGUGGGUAUAUCACCCUGCUAAACACAGGCAAGGAAAGCCGGACAGUGUGGAAAGACAACCACGAGGAGGAUUUUUACGAUGUAGAUGUGUUUAAUGAUGAGGAAAUAAGUGAACCUUGCAAUGGGGUCAAGGACCAGCAGUCAGCUGAUGUGUUGGCCAUGGAAAUUGACAUGCUUGAAUUAGAAAGUGAGCCAAAAGAGAAUUCAAUUGCACAGCCAUUAAAUCGUAAUCUAAAAUUAGAUCUCAGUAAGAAACAAGUGUCAUGUGAUGUGAGUAAGGAAGAGGAUUGGGCGUUACUGGACUGUUAUUUUGGCAUUCCUUUGUUUGACUCCUAUCUCAACAAAGAAAUCUGUUCAAAGGUUGUUAACUUUGGCCUGUUUAAACAAGAAGGCUUACAAGAAUUAUUGCAUUCCAGUAGGAAGCUUUCUCUAAGACUGCUUAAUUUUAUAUCCCAGUAUCAGGACAUUCCUACCAAUGAUACUUUAUCUGAUCCCUUGUUGCCUAGCGACAAUGAACAGACUCCUCCCUUGCCCACAGUUUGUUUACAGUUUUAUAAAGGGAAACUAGAGCGAUGGAAUUGCAAAUGAAAAUGUGACUGUUUAUAGGGAAGACUGUGUUCAAUUUACAAAUGCGCAAAAAUUACCCAGAAAUACACUUUUACCAUAGGUGACAUAUCUUUGCUAGCCAAAUGCUUCUGAUAUAUUUCUCUACUAAUAAGGAGGGAAGCAAAUAUCAGGAACACUUGGAAAAUGCAUGUGACAGAGAGAAGAGAAAAUCUGUCAUUGUUGCAUCACUCAGUAUAAGAGAAUGUGUUGUAUUUUGAACGAGAAACGAGAAUUUUGAGAUAUUUUGAUGUUGGAAUUUUUUUUACUGAGCACAAAGGACAUAAGAUGACCUUGGUGAAAUUUUAACUUCACAGUUAAAUAGUUAGGGUUUCAGAUGACUGAAUAUUAUGUGUGGGUGAAAAGGUCUUAUAUAUUGUAUGGACGUUCCUCUGUAAUCUAAAAUUGGGGGUUAACCAGUGGGUUUCAUAAAUAAGUGACCAGUGUCUAACAUACCAGUAGGCAUUAACUUGGACUGGUUGACUGUUAAAAAAAAGUCAAUAGUUCAUGACCCCUGGUAACAUCUAAAUCUUCAAGAUCAUAGCAGCUAAGUAGUUCUACAUAAAACCUUAGAUUUUGGAAUAAUAUGCGAACCUAAACAUAAUGUAGGAAAAGCUAAAAUAAAUGUAAUUGAUGCUUUAAAUCAAAGUUGGCCACCAAAGUUGUCACUUUGCAUCAGACAACAAACUCUAUCUUAGGGAAAUAAAUGUCUAUUUUCACAUACAAUUUCACUUCAGUUCAUCUUACCUUGUUAGAAAAUUAAUUAUUUCUGAUUUUUUUUUUUAAAUCCAUAAUCUGCCACUUACAAUGUAGUGGCAAGCAGUGUGCUCAAUAGAGCUACAUGUAGAUAAUAGGUAGCAUCUAGUGACAAUAUUAGCUGCUACAAUCUUGAACACAGCCCAGGUAACUUUUACAAGUUGAUUUCAUGUAAAGCAUUAUCCAGUGUUUUCAACAAUGAAUUGUGAUGAAUUUUUUGUGACAAUGGCACUCCCCAUUAAGUAUAUCGCACACAUAUUCUAGUGUUAUAGAAUAUCUUAUUUAUUUUUCUUUUAUAAGAUGAAUAUCUUGUGUAUUCAAAUGGAAAUGGGGAGUGGUGAAUAACAUCAUUAUAAUUAUUAUUUUUUAUAUCAUUUCACUGAUACAGUACUUGGUCUAUUUAGAACCUCGCUGGGCUUAUGUUAACAGAGAACAGGGUUGGGAAGUUUUUGCUAUAUAUAGACAUUGUUGAAAAUCAAAUUGUCAUACUUACUACACUUUCCUUUCAGUCUACACACAGGGAUCAAUAGUUGUAAAAUGUGAUUAUUGGGGGGUUGGUGUAGAAAGUUGGAGAAAUUUUACAUGUCCAGUUUUUAUUGAAUAUUUAAGUUAUGUAUUCAUUAUCAUUGUACUUGAUAUACACCUGCAAGUAAAUAUGAUGUAUCAUUUAUGAGACUGUUGCAUUUAAUUUAUUUUGGUAAUUAAUGUACACUGUGUAUAUAUUGAAAUGUUCU